UAUCAAUAUGAAGCUACGUAUAAUCAAUUAAAACCACCCACCUGCCUAAAUUUUGAUUAGUAACUUGGGAAAAUUGAUAUUGAAGAACCAAUAGAAAUGGAUUUUGAUACUUUCAUACCAGAUUGAUCUACCACGUUAUUGCAAAGAGGUUCAUAGAAAAAAUGUAUUUCAGCAGCCAGUCAACAAUUGAGUGCUUUUCAAUUUUUUUGAUAAUUUUGUUGGGCUUACAGCCUGAUGGUGUAAGACUGUUAUCCAGUCAGGUUACAGUAUUCUCUGACAACAGUACACUAAAAUUUAAUAAGUUGACAGUAUUUAAAUCUUCGAUUUUUGUUGGUGCAGUUAACCGUUUGUAUCAAUUAUCACUUGAUCUUGAAUUGUUAGCGAAUAUUACAACCGGACCAUUUUCUACAAAUUUUUCAGUUACAAAACCUGGUUAUAAUGAGAAAGUGAACCCCAAAUCAAUGGAUAAUCAUAACAAAAUUUUGCUGCUAUAUGAACAAAAUGAUACUUCACGUUUGAUAACUUGUGGAACCCUUCAGUUUUGUAGUAUAUAUAAUUUGAAUGGUACAACAAUGUCAGAAUCAAACGUUAUAAAAGUAUUUGAACCUGUUGUGGCAAACACUCCUACUGCAUCAACAGUAGCUUUUAUUAAACAUUUAGAGGAUGCCAGAGAAUCUGAUAUUGAUGAAGGAUACACUCUAUGGACAGCGCAAUCCUAUAGUAACUUCACCCAGCCAUUUCAAGUGCCAGCUUUUGCUGUGAGAAAUUUGCCUUCUUUCAGAUUAAUUGAUAAUUCCAGCAAGAUUUUAUUUAAUAGCAAAUAUCGCGAUAAAUACAUUGUAAAUUAUAUUUAUGGAUUUGAAUCUCCUGAAAACCACUACAAGAGCUACAUUUUAACAACUCAGCAAAGUUCUGUAACAGAAACAUCCCCAUAUAUUUCAAAAUUGAUUAGGAUUUGUGGUGGAGCUCUCGGAAGAAAUCUUGUAAACAGGUAUGCUGAGAUUCCACUUGAGUGCAUUGUAAAAGGAGAACGACCCUAUAAUUUGGUGCAAGCAGCAUCUCUAGGAGUUUCUGGUUCUGGAGAAACUUUACUAUUUGCGAUAUUCUCUCAGAGUGAAAAUAUGAACUCACAGAAACCAAAUAACCGUAGUGCCAUAUGCAUGUAUUCACUGAAAGAUAUUGACAAACAAUUUGGUGAAAAUAUAAAAAACUGUUUCCAUGGAAAUGGAAAGCCAGGGGUGGAAUUUAUAUCACCUGGAAGACAAUGUAUAAAACAUAGUAUUCAUAAGGGUUUCUGUUUAUCAGGCAUAAACAUGCCCAUUGGUGGGAAUAUUCCAAUAAAAAGACCUUCUUUGCUAACAUUUGAUGCGCAUCUGACAGCAAUUGCAACAAGACAUUUAGAUGAGGAUUCACACAUAGAUGUGUUUGUUGGUACAAGUACUGGGCACUUGAAAAAGAUCAUUGUGGAGAAUAGUACUAGUGCAUGCGAGUAUGAUGAUGUAACAAUCGAUGAACAGUCCCCAGUAAAUGCGGAACUCGUUUUAUAUGAAAAGGAUUUGCUGGUGAUGACUGAAAAUACACUCACCAAAGUUGAUGUAGAAAAAGUGCAAAUAACUUGUGCGGUGUUCAGAACACAUGAUGAUUGUAUACAAUCCAAUACAACAUGCAAUUACUGGUGCUCACGUACCAAAGAAUGUACUACAAAAUGCAGUUGUAAUUUGAGAAUACGUUAUUGGAAGUCGAUGUAUGAUUCCAUAAAAUCAGAAAAUUCAUCAAUUCUUAAGCCACAUGAUUCGGAGUACCUCCAACGUGACAUUUCCAUAGCUGUUAAAUUGAGAUCCAGUUCGGAUGAAUUUUCUGUUAUAUUAUUACAAUUCAAAGAAUAUCUUUAUUGUGUGAUUGCUGAUGGAAACUUAAACAUUACUUUUCCUGCAAAAAAUGUUACUUACCAAUCAGAAAAUGAAUAUACAAUUGACUGUAGUUUUCCAAAUUCUUCACUUGCCUUGCCAUCUGGCAGUCAUUAUUUCAGCUCAACAUUGUGGAUUUUAAUUAGUAAUGAAAAUACUCCAUUUGUUUGGAGCACAAACAUCUCAUUACAUCAUUGCAACGUGUACACUUCUUGCUUUGAGUGUAUUGAUUCGAUGUCUCAAUGUUACUGGAGAACAGAUGAACAGAAGUGCAGGUUCAAGCACACUAUAAAAAAACAUAAAAAACCCAGUAAUCAUUCUAAUGCGCUCAUCAAAUCAUGUCUGCAUCCAGCAAUUCCGACUAUCUCUUCUUUUUGGCCAACAAAAGCCGCAGCUUUUGGAAGCCUUCCUAUCACUAUUCGAGGUGAAAACUUGGGUUAUUCAUUUAAAGACAUAAUGAAUCCAAUUGACAUAUCUGGAGUACCUUGCAUACCAAUUGACAAUCAGUUUGAACCAAUGAAGAAAGUUGUCUGCUUUAUUAAUCAAUCUAGUCCUCAGAAAGUUGAAAGAAGACCUUUCCAAGUUGUAACCAAUCCGGCAGUUAGAGAAGGGCCAAUAGAGAUGAUGGUCAAUUAUGUGUUGGCGAAAUCCAGAGAAAGUUUUACUUUUGUAGUUCCUAGAAUCCAUUUGGUUUCUCCGCUUUCAGGGUCUGCAUCUGGCGGUACUAAACUAACUAUUGUAGGUGAAAAUUUGGACGCGGGAACAUCAAUUUCUGUUGAUAUUGAUGAAAUACCAUGUUUUAUAUUUUCCCUUGAUAGUACUAAAAUAGAAUGUAUCGCUUCUCCGUGUAGUAUGUGUAAAGAGUUUUCACCAUAUGCUGUUAGGGUUAUCUUUGACCAUUUCGUUCAGGAAUAUGACUUUUCAUUCCAUUACAUUAACAAUUAUCAGCAUGAUGCUGAUGGUUUCAACUUGGAACCAAAAAGUAUCCCCGCUGGAGGUAUUGCUAUCAAAACUGGAUUUCAUGAUUUUGCUGAUACUAGGAAAAAGUACUUCAUGCAAUGUGAAAAAAGUUCUUUCAAUGGCUCGUGUGAGAUGCCACCGGAGUCUUCAAACAUAGUCUGUGUGUCACCUUACAUUCCAGAUAUCAAAAGUGACUCAAUAAAUCCAAAAUAUCCCUUGUCAUUGCAUUGCUCAGUUAUUUGGAUAGACAGUCGUGAUUUACACAAAAGUAUUGUAAGUGGCAAUGUUCUUGUGUCUUUAUAUCCUAAUCCGGAAUUUCAUAACUUUACUACCAAAUUUGAGAAGCUCAUUGGAACUGAGUUCAUCAGUGUCAAAGGAAAUAAUAUAAACAAAUCCUGUCAAAUAAUGGAUAUGCAUAUAAAGGCUGGAAACCAUAGCUGCGGUGUAAUUUCAUUGUCUCUAAAUGAAAUGAUUUGUAUUCUGAGUAGGCCCAACUUAACGCCAUUAAUAUUGAGUAGUCUCAACUCGACACCAUUAAUAUUUAAAGAAGAUUUGGAUCAAGUACAUGAACAGUUAGAAAACAUUGAAUUUAUAACUGUGUCAAUUGGUGAAUAUUUUGAAGAAAUUGUUCUCAAAGCAAAUACAUCUACAAACAAUUCUGUGAAUCGUAUUUCCAAAGGGGAUACAUCUGCUAACAAUUCAUCACUCACGCUUAUAAUUUAUAUUGUAGUUACAGUAUCAAUAUUUAUCCUCAUAUUCAUCAUAGUCGGCAAAGUAUACUUGAAAUAUUCACAAACAAUGCAGCAAAUGCAACGAAGGGUGAAUAAAAUGGGCAUGGAUGCAAUCUCCAUGAGACAAUGCAUAAAGCAAGUGAUUAUAGAAAACCAAAUACAGCUGGAUGGACAUCUGGCGGAUAUGCUGAAUUUACCGAAUGUCAUGAUUGAAGCUGUUAAUGCUUCAUAUGAAAGUACCACUACUGAAAUGGCAACAGCUGUCGAAUAUCUUUUACCACUUGAUGAGAAGUGGGAAUUUCCAAGGGGUAACUUGACUCUAGGAAAGCACCUGGGGGAAGGCGAAUUUGGAGAAGUUGUUCAAGGGGAAGCUGUUGGUAUCUUGGAAGAGAAUGUUACUACCACUGUGGCAGUUAAAAUGUUGAAAGAUUCCCAUUCAGAUUCAGACAUGAUUGAUUUAGUUAAAGAGAUGGAAAUAUUGAAAUUAAUUGGAGCUCAUGAAAACGUCCUUAGACUUCUUGGCUGUAUCACGCAAAAUGGACCAUUGUUGAUCAUUACUGAAUAUGCUCAAAACGGCAAUUUGUUGAAUUUUCUUCGGAAGCGUCAUCAUUUUGUUUAUCAAAAAGCAUCAGAAGUAUUGGCUGAACAAGCUUUACUAACCUUUGCUCUUCAAAUUGCAAGAGGAAUGGAAUACCUGGCGUCUAAAAAGUGCAUACACAGAGAUCUUGCUGCCAGAAAUAUUCUGGUAUCUCAUGGCUUUGUGCUGAAAAUAGCUGAUUUUGGUUUGGCCAGAAAUAUUCAAAAUAAAGAUUACUAUAAAAAGAAAACAAAAGGUAAGCUGCCAGUUAAGUGGAUGGCACCAGAGGCAUUAACGCAUUUGCUGUUUACUACUACAUCUGAUGUGUGGUCUUAUGGAGUAUUACUGUGGGAAAUACUGACUUUAGGAGGUGUCCCCUAUCCUACAUUUACAGACAUGGACACAUUGAUCAAGGAUUUAAAAUCAGGUUACCGCUUAGAACAACCUUCUAACUGCUCUUUGAAAACGUAUGUAUAAUUUAUUUCAA